AUGUACGGCCUGUACCUGGAAGCGGUCAACGACUACAUCAACGAGUCCUACGGAGAGGACGUGUGGCGGCUGAUCGAGAACCGAGCAGAGAUCCCACAUCUCAAGUUUGUCAGGCAUCAGAUGUACAAUGACAACUUGAUCCUGCGUCUGGCCAAGGCGGCAGGCGAAGUUUUGGGAAAGACGCACGACGAACUGAUGUACGCCUUUGGAGUUUACAUGGUCAAAAGGAUCGGAAACUACGGCUAUGAGCGUAUCCUCAAGGUUUUGGGUCGAAACGUGCGUGACUUCAUCAACGAGCUGGACAACCUGCACGAGUAUUUCCGCUUCUCCUUCCCCAAAGUGCAGCCACCCAGCUUCUGCGUGGAGGAGGAGUGCGAGACCAGUCUGACGCUGCACUACCGAAGCACACGCAAAGGAUUCACGCAGUUUGUCAAAGGCCAGCUCUCCCAAGUGGGCCGUCAGUUCUACAACACGGACAUCGAAGUGGAGAUCUUGUCUAAGGAGGAGACGGAGAAGAUGACUUAUGUGGUGUAUAAGAUGAACUUUGACAACGCGGCCUUCAAGCACCGCAUGCCACAGCAAAAGACGGCACCCAGCUAUGAGAAGCUUCCCAUGAAGCGAGGUAUCUUUUUUGACAUGUUCCCCUUCAGCGUAAUCUUCCGCCGCGACAUGACCAUGUACCGCAUUGGCGACGGCCUCAAAGAGGUCUUCUCUGACCUCCAGGGCAAGAAGGUGAACGAGGAGUUCACCCUGGUCAGGCCCAUGCUGGAGUUCAGCUGGGACAAUAUCUACACCCACCUAAACAAUGUCUUUGAGCUGAUGUCUAAAGCAGUGGUGGAGAGCAAACAAAAAGUCAACAUUCCCAAACUCAACAAGGAGGAACCUGAAGAGAAAGAGGAAAGCGAGAAGACCAAGAGGGAAGAAGAACGAGAGCAAAAGUCUGCAGAGAUGAAGGGCACGGAUCAGGAAUACAGCAGCACUCUGGCUCAGUACAACAGCGCGGCCAACUCAGGAGGUGAAGACAUCGAGUUGCUGGCCUUCCAGACUGUCACAGGCAAAUGCAGUGAGACAAUCUUUGAGGACAUGAGAGAGCCCCCCAAAAAGCCGCUCCACCUCAAGGGCCAGAUGAAGUACGUGCCCCAAUGGGACUCGCUCAUCUUCCUGGGGACGCCCAUCAUUGAGACGGUGGAAGACAUGAUCAAAAUGGGUGUCUACGUCAAUGACUUGAACCUGCACGACUCAAGCCGAGAGCUGAUCCUGGCCGGGACGCAGCAGUCGGCCGAGCUGCAGCUGGCUCUGGAUCAGGAACAACAAAAGUACGCUCAGCUGCAGGAGAUCAUCAAGAAGCUGGACGAAGAGAAGAAGCGCGGAGACUCCUUGCUGUACGCCAUGAUCCCCAAAGCAGUGGCCGACCGCCUCAGGAAGGGAAUCACCGCCCUGGAGACAUGUCAGGUCUUUCCAGACGUGACCAUCCUUUUCAGCGAUGUGGUCAAGUUCAAUGAGAUCUGCAUCCACAUCACACCCAUGCAGGUGGUGGACAUGCUCAACGAGAUCUACAUCGUCUUUGACACGCUCAGUGAGAAGCACAACGUCUACAAGGUGGAAACCAUUCGUGACGCCUACAUGGUGGUGGCGGGCGUGCCCAACAAGACCACCUUCCAUGCGCAUCACAUCUGCGACAUGGCCCUGGACAUGCUGAGCUCCAUCGACCACCUGAAGGACCCGUCCACGGGGGACAACAUCCAGAUCCGAGUGGGUAUCCACUCGGGAAUGGUGGUGGCCGGUGUGGUGGGCCUGAAGAUGCCUCGCUAUUGUCUCUUUGGUGAUACGGUCAACACUGCCUCCAGGAUGGAGAGCAAUGGCGUGGGUAUGCAGAUACACAUCAGCCAGACCACCAAAGACCACCUGGAACACGAGCCAUACAUCAUUGAGGAGAGGGGCAAGAUCUUUGUCAAGGGUAAAGGCUACAUGAAGACGUAUUGGCUGAAGGGAAAGAAAGAUCUUUCCUUCAAGACUCCAGCAGAGUUGCGCUACAGCAGCGAGCAGAAGAACUCUGAAGACAAAAGCUCGAAUGGCUCCACGAGCACCAACACCAAGCACAUUUCCUCCAGCCAACCCAUCAGCGGUGGCGAGGAGCAGGCGGAGGGCAUGCCCAGCCCCAGCGACCUCCCCCAGGAUGCCCUGCCGCCGCCGGAGUCCGCCAGCGAGCUCCUGGACGGGCAGGGUGAUCUCCAGGAGAAGGAGAGGUCCAAAAAAACUAAGAACAACAAGGGCGCCAAGGCGGAGGCGGGACAGGGGAACGCGGCGUCGCAGCUGGGGCCGCCCGCCGACGGCCCCGAGAACCCGGGACCCCUCCUCAACAUGAAGAGGAACAGCUUCCGGCAGCAGUACGUCAAGCUCCCCGCCAACCUGCCCAUUCGGAGCGCCUCCUGUACUCUCCUGUGA